UUUCUUUAUAUAGAAAUAAUGGCACCCUCUACAAGAAAAUGCCAGUUAGUCAUUGUUUUACUAGGUAUUCUUAUUGCCGGAGCUCUGCCAAGCUAUAUCGUAGCUCAAAAUUGUGGGUGUGCCGCAAACGAAUGCUGCAGCCGGUGGGGUUUCUGUGGCACCGGCAAUGAAUAUUGCGGCACUGGGUGUCAAGAGGGUCCAUGUUUUGCACCAGCUCCUACCAAUGAUGUCUCAGUGCCUGAUAUUGUGACCCCAGAAUUUUUUGGUGGGAUCCUUGAUCAAGCUAAUUCAAGUUGUGUUGGGAAGAGCUUCUAUUCACGAGAUGUAUUUCUUGAGGCUCUCGGUUCAUAUUCUCGAUUUGGUAGGAUUGGUUCAGUUGAUGAUUCCAGGCGGGAGAUCGCAGCUUUCUUUGCCCAUGUCACUCAUGAGACUGGACAUUUUUGUUCCAUAGAAGAGAUCAAUGGACCAUCAAGGGACUACUGUGAUGAGGACAACACACAAUAUCCAUGCAAUCCUGAUAAAGGUUACUAUGGCCGAGGACCAAUCCAGCUCUCAUGGAAUUAUAAUUAUGGACCAGCCGGAGAAAGCAUCGGUUUUGAUGGAUUAAACUCACCUGAGGUCGUGGCCAAUGACCCUUUAAUUUCAUUCAAGACAGCUUUGUGGUAUUGGAUGAAUUUUGUCCAACCUGUAAUCAGCCAAGGGUUCGGGGAAACUAUUAGAGCCAUUAAUGGUGCUCUUGAAUGCGACGGAGGAAAUUCUGCUACUGUUCAAGCUCGGGUUAGGUAUUAUACUAAUUAUUGUAAUCAACUGGGAGUGGCGCCUGGAGAUAACCUAACCUGUUAAGAGAGAGUUUCACCAUCGAAAUUUUCUUUUCUAUUUUGGUUGUCUUUUUAAAAUAUAAAAAUAAAAAUAAUAAUUUAUCUCGCUGUGCUCUUAGUUCUAUAAUCUAAAUACAUAAAAAAGAGUACAUAUAUAGAGCAGGAGGAGUUAAGUUUACUUCUUCACAUUCUCUUGGUGAAGAGAUCAUGUGGACUUACAUGCCAUCGUACUUGUGGUUUGGAAAAUGAGAGGACUGGAAUUAUGAAGAAGGUUGUCAUACGAAGCUAGAAGGAAGUUUCUGCUAUGUUUCUUGCUGACAGGUUGAUGGACUAAUGAGGACAUCUUAAUACGUCCAAGGAGUAACCCCAGUCGCAGACUCAUCCAAGAUCCAAAGUUAAAAAUUGCUAGUGAAUAUAUUUUAUUUUUCAUCUGGAAUAUAUUUAUUAUUAAUAAAGAUAUUUUUUAUUUUAAA